AUGCUCUCCUCCGCAGUCCCCAAAAGGUACAAGUUUGACCAGAGAGGAAACCUGACCGAAGUAAACUUCCUCACGUGCAAAAGCGUCGUCCUACCGAGCAAGUACGUCGACUCGAAGAACAGCUUCACCUGCUCCACGAACAUAAUCCCCGAGUUGCACGAAACUGCGAACAACUGUAGUAAUUACAAGAUGGCCACGUCACAGGAACAUAUUUACGAAGCCGAACCGAUAAGUGCAAAUUCCUAUGCAAAUGGUGGGAUGGGAAGUGGGCCAUCAUCGUUACACAGCAUGAACAUGGUGCACAGCGUCAGUAGCAUUGGUAGCGGUGGAAACGAUUCCCCCCAGUACGCACCAAAUCAGUGUUGUAAUGUAAGUAUGAUGGGAACAGGGUUAUGUGGCCAAGGAGUGAAUAAUGCUCCAUUAGUUUUUGUAGAUGGACCAUCAUACAGUGCAGACGAAUCAGGACAAGGAAUUGACCCCGGCGUGAUGGCUGUGUCCAAUGCUCUUUUCGCAUACAACAGCGCGUUUCAGUCUAUUCCUAUAAAGACCUCUCCGAAUGUUUUUCGACGAAGGAUAAAGGGGGAAGGGAAUUCCGAGUGGUGCAAUGCCUUCGUUACGAGAGUCGACCCGUGUGAGUGUGGAGACCCCGAUGAGCAAUUCAAGCCUUAUGAGGUCACCAAGUAUUACGACGAUGGCCAGGUGAAGACCGUAUUCAACUUCGAUCAGGACUCCGCUCCGCAGGAGCAACCCAUAUGA